AGUGCGUGCAGUGCUAGCGCUAGUAUACGGUGCGCGCAAGCAAUUAUGUGCAGUCCCACGAAUUCACUUGCAAGUGACGGAAGGGGAAGUACAAAGUGAAAAAGUACAGGUUGGACGCGGACCGGAAAAAAACUGAAAAGAAAAUGGCAGCAAAAAUUCAGAAAACGGGUAUCUGGAGCAGUAAUCCAGGUACUGUUCGAGGAGCUCAAACAUGUCUCGAGGGGGAUCCCAAAGGCAAGAAGAUGCUAUAUCUCAACGGUAACAACGUCAUUAUCAGAGAUAUUGAGGAUCCUACCCAAGUGACGAUCUUCAAUGAUCACGCUCGCGCUACCACGAGUGCUAGGUGGGCACCCAGUGGAUACUACGUUGCAUCUGCAGAUGAGCGUGGUAUGUUGAAGAUAUGGGAUCCUAACAAUAUUGGAGAAGCUAAAGUUAAGGAAUACCAACCUAUAUCUGGUCCCAUCAUGGACAUGGCAUGGACUGAGGAUAGCAAGCGACUUGUGGUGGUAGGGGAGGGUCGUGAAAAUGGUGGAGCUGCCUUGAUAGUGGACACUGGAACAUCUUGCGGAACAAUCAGCACGCUUGGAAGGACAAGCACCUGUGACGUGAGACAGAAGAGGCCUUAUCGGGCCGUCAUUGGAGCAGAUAGUUAUGUUGUUAAACUCUUCGAAGGACCACCAUUCAAAUAUAAGAGUCAGUAUCAGGAACACAAUAACUUUGUGCAGAAAGUCAGGUAUGCACCGAACGGAGAAAUGUUUGUCUCAGGAGGUUCAGAUGGAAAGUUAUUCCUACGUGGUGGGGACCAGGGUGAGCUUCUUAAAGAUCUAGGAGAAACAAGAGAAAAAGGAAAAGCUCACAUUGGAAGUAUUUAUGGGAUUUCCUGGAGUGAUGAUAGCAAGAAGAUUCUGACAUCGUCAGCAGACAAGACGGCCAAGAUCUGGGAUGUGGAAACUGGCCAAGCUGUCACGGAGUUCACUUUUGGUACUGACCUUGAGCAUCAGCAGUUGGGUUGCUUGUGGCAGGGAGACUUCCUCCUCUCUCUAUCUCUCAGUGGAAAUAUCAACUAUCUGGACCCCAAUGAUCCUUCUAAACCAUGCAGAAUCGUCCAGGGUCAUCAAAAGAGAAUCGUGUCAAUAGCCGUCAAUGAGGAUAGAAGCAAAGUCUUUGCUGGGAGCUACGAUGGAGUCACUACUUGGUGGGAUAGUAAGACUGGCCUUGCAAAGACUGUAGAGGGCAGGAAAAAACCCACGCUCAUUACCCAGAUUGAUUACAAGGAGGGCAAACUAUCCACAGUCGGUAUGGAUGACACCAUGCGCUUGAUUGACGAUCAAACAUUAGAGUACAUGGAUGACUCGUGUGGUCUUGACUCACAGCCUCAGUCAGUGUGUAGAGGAUCAGGGGGACUCACUGUUGUUGGUGGUAUCCAAAAGGUGACUAUUGUUCGGGGUUCCAACAAAGCUUCAGUACUGGAAGUGACCUACAAUGGGACAGCCGUUGACAUACAUCCCAACCAAUCAGAGGUCGCCAUUGGUGAUGAGAUGGGCAAUAUUCAUGUCUACACUCUGGCCGGUGAUACUCUGACAGAGAAGACAUCCUUCAAAGCCCACUGUGAAGCUAUAACAAGAUGUCGCUAUUCACCCGGUGGUGAAUACCUAGCUGUAGCCAGCGCUUCAAAGGCUGUUGAGGUCUACCAUCACCACUGUGAUUAUGCUCAAGAUUUGGAUCGCAAAAAUUACAAGCAUAACGCCAAGAUAACAGACCUUGCAUGGAGCCCUGACGGCAAGCAUUACGCAACCACUGCUUUGGAUGGCUCUGUCUAUGUGUGGGGUCUGGAGAAACCAAAUCCCAUCCAGGCGAUGAAAGUCCAUGGACGAGCUGCGACUAACUGUGUGGUUUGGCUGGAUAAUGCAUCUUUUGUAACCGGUGGAGAUGAUGCAUGUUUGAGGACUGCAUCAGUCACUUUCUAGAAGGCUUCUAUCAUAGUUUUAUAUAUUCAUGAGCAAGAUACAUUUCUCAUGAUAUAUAUAUGUAUCAAUAGCUAGAAAUGAAGAAAACAAAAUUAUAAUAAUGAAUGGUGAUUGAAAGGUCUCUUAAUUGAUAUAAAUUUAUAUUUAUCGGUCAUUUGGUAGUAGGCAAAGAUGCGUUGAAAUUGAUUAUGUCUAGAGAGAUUUAAUUUAGUUUUAUUUUCGUGAGCCGCUGGUGCAUAUCACAAAUAAUUGUGAAAAUAGAACCAUUUAUCAUAAUUGUAAUCUUAAAAUUAGCUUAUAUAUACAAUUGUUUUUUUUCAUGUUUACCAAAGUGAGAGAGGAACUAAUCAGCAAUAAUGGUUGUAUUAUAGACAAGCAGAAAUUUACUUUGAUUAUAAAUCAAGUAUAUCAUAUAACUCUAUGAUGUGGGUCAUUUCGAGUAUAUUAUUGGUUAUCAAUUUCAUAGAAUAUUGUUACUUUUGCUAGUUAAGUUAUUAAUAUUAAUUUGAGAGCAAUCAUACCUGUUAAAACAAGACUCCUAGAGAAUUACUCAUAAUUGUAUUUCUUUUAUUUGAAUUGUUUAGCAUGUUGAAAAUUUUGUUAAAUGGUAUAGAACAGAUUUAAUAGUUCUUGACAUGUCAGUUCCUAGAUAAUCGGGCAGAAGUCAAAGAAUACAGUAAAAUAUUUCUUACAAACAUGGAUAAGCCAAUAAAAGGGAAAAUACACUAAAGGAAAUUAUUAAGUGGUUGGAUCAUCAAAAAGUUACAGAGACUUAAAUAGGUUGAUAAUCCUACACAAAAUGUAAACACUUAUACACACACACGCAUAUAUUUAAAGAUAAUAACAAAUUUAUAAAUUUGUUUUUGUAUAGUAUAUUGGUUGAUUAAUGAUGAAAUAAAAUGAAGUAGGAACAUUUUCAAAAUGUUGUCACUUUUACAAGCCAAUUUAACAAAUUAGUCAAAACACAUAUUUACUCUCUUAUAUAUCUCAAGUCCCAAGUAUAUUUUUUUCCACUUUAUCAAAAAUAACAUAGUGGAACAUAAUAUACAUGGUAAUAACUAUUACUAAACAUACAAUAUUGGAACAUAAUGUACAUGGUAAUAGUUAUGUCAAAACAUUUAAUAAUGGAAUAAUCAUCAGUAUGAUAAAUACAUUGACAGACUAUCUUUUUUUUUUAAAGGCUAUAUACAUGUUUAUGGGUUGAAUGAAAAAAUGUAAAUUAUGUUGUGGUAAAUUUGGUUGGUUUAGGGGAUUAUUUUAAGAAUCAUGUAAUUUUUAGGGGGUCAAUUUUAUUACAUUUGUAAAGUAUUAAGGGGGAAAACUGAUUGCUUUGUUGAACCAUAAUGUAUUAUCCUUAUUAUGCUAACUUUUACAGUAUGAGAUGAAGUGUCAUGAUUUGUUUGAAUGUUCAUGAAAUUUCAUGAGGUAACUUUCUCAAAGUUAAAAGAUAUUCUUCGGUUAAAACCUGGGCCUUUCCCAACAUGACAGCAAGAUGGAUGCCAUCCAUGUAUUUUGAAUGUUAUUGCUUAUAACAAGGGGUCUUAGUUUGAGCGUGUUCCUCUACUUCCCUGUUUCAUAGCAAGAAUCUGGUUUAAAAUUUGAAUACCAUAGCUGAUAUUGAUGAAACUAGGUUUCUAUAAGUUUCACAAUUAAAUUGAUAAGUUUUAUAGAGUACAUGUGCACCAUGUGAUAUUUCAUUAUUUGUGGUAUAGAUAUGUAGAUUUAUUGAAGAAUAGACACAUUUUGUACAUCUAUUUGGACUAAUUAACAGGAGUUAUUCUCUUCAUGAUAUUGAUGAAACUAGGUUUCUAUAAGUUUCACAAUUAAAUUGAUAAGUUUUAUAGAGUACAUGUUCACCAUGUGAUAUUUCAUUAUUUGUGGUAUAGAUAUGUAGAUUUAUUGAAGAAUAGACACAUUUUGUACAUCUAUUUGGAGUAAUUAACAGGAGUUAUUCUCUUCAUGUUCAAGUAAAAAAAAAAAAGAAUUUGGUAAAUGUUGUGGUUAUCUAGUACUUAGAUUUUUUCAGUACAGAUCUUUAAAUUUGUUGGGUAAAGAAAGGAAACUAAUUUGAAGAUUACUAUAUUUAUGCCCAUUUUGAAUGAAUAUGUAAGUUCUUGAGAAAUACAGUUUGGAUCUCUAUGGCAUAUGUCAUUGUCUUAAUUUCUUUUUUUGUUAUUGUCUUCAUUUUAUUUUCUUCUAUUUAUUCAUCAUAAUCAAGUUUGAAGGAAUCUUACUAACAUUUUAUUUAGCAAAACUCAAAAGAAAGUACAUGUACUUGUUAUGGAUCAUAAUGCAGCAAAAGACUGUGUCAAAAAGAAGUUUUCAUUUUAUAAUUGAUUUACAAAAUUUCUAAAUAUAAGUACAGAAAAUAUCUGAAGCAUUAGGCGAAUACAUUUUUAUAAUGCACCGUCAUAGUAUCCCCUUUUAUCCAGCUGUUUUAUGGUUAGAGGUGAGGUGGGGUGUAGUAAAUAAGUACUUUCCAAACAUUUUUUGCAUCCUAUUAACUGGCACCAGAGCUAAAUAAACUGCUAGAUGUACAUUGGACCCCUGAAUAGCCCUUGAUUCAUGUUUUUGUAGAAGUUCAAGUUUUGAAAUUUGAAUCAAAGUUUGUGGUAAAUUUUAAAAAGCCCAUUCUUGAUGCAAAAUUCAUGUAAAUAUAAUUGUUUCAAGCACUUCUGGCGAACUUGGUCUAACUCUAGCAAUUAAGGAAGCUCUGGUGCCGAGUUAGCAUGGUUCUAAUUUUUCAAUCUGCAAAGAAACUUGAGAUAUUCAUCCUAUUUUAAAAACCAGGACAAUAUAACUCUUGGUUGCUGGGACAAGUAAGGUCCAGGAUAACAAUUUAUCAGCAAAACUUGUAUGUGGAUUUCGUAUAUUGCAAAUAAAUGUAGAAUUUGGACUGGA